CAGCACCAAAGCCUUUACCUACUUUUACAAAACCUCAACUACAGCAACCUACUCCAGUAACGUCCUCUGCGCCAGGGAGUUCUGUAACAGUAACCACUACAACGCAAGCUUCAACGUCAUUAUCAUUUUCAACUCCAAGCCUUUUACAAACUAAGAUAGGCAGUAUUACACAAGCCAAGCCAAGUGUGCCAAUAAUUACAGCACCACUAUCAACAUCUACUACGACUUCUACUGCGUCUAUUAUUAAACCAGCUUUGUCGUCGACUCCAGUGACAACAGCCACAACUAGUGCUCCUGACCAGAUACCUUCCUGGUUGAAAAAUAAUAAUAUCGAAGGUAUAAUUAAAAAAUGGACGACAGACUUGGAUAAUUGUACCAAAAAGUUUCACAAUCAAGUUAGAGAAGUCAAUCAAUGGGAUCAAAAGAUUAUUGAGAAUAAUGGCAGGGUAACCAGACUCGGAGAGCAAAUAAAUAAAGCCGAUUCACUUCAGGAAGAAAUUAACAUUUGUCUAAAUAGUGUUGAGGCUCGUCAGCAGGAGCUUGAAAAAGUUUUGUCAGAGUACGAAGAAAAAUUUGGUGACCCUAGUUUGGAAGCAAUGAACCCAUUAGACAAGGAAAGAGAAAAAAC